ACCCUCGCAGACAAUGCAUGGAUGGGCUCAAAGUUAAUUUACAUGUGGCAGAAAUCCCUUGGAAAUUACAUCGCUGUUGCAGGACAAGACAACUCUGUGAAAAUAUUUGAUCGACAUGGACACAAGUGGACAGAAAUUACCCUUCCUGGACGCUGUGUUGGGAUGGACUGGGAUAAGGAUGGGGACAUUUUGGCAGUCAUAGCAGCCAAAUGUAGUUCCAUAUACCUUUGGGAUGCCAGUGUGAACAAAACAUCCAAGAUAGACAGUGGCAUGAGAGACAACAUGUCUCUUAUUGUAUGGUCAAAAACUGGCCCCCUGCUGGCAGCUGGGACUGCCAAAGGAAACCUCUUAAUCUACAAUCAGCAGACCUCACACAAGAUCCCAAUAUUAGGUAAACAUACCAAGAAAAUUACCUGUGGUUGCUGGAAUACUCAAAAUCUACUAGCCCUUGGCUGUGACGACAACAAUCUGAGCAUCAGCAAUCAAGAGGGAGACACGAUCCGAGAGAUAAAACUACGCGGUGCACCUGCAGAUAUCUACUUUUCCAUGAUGAAGACAAACGAAAGGACAUCACAAGGAGAGAACACUGUGAGUGUUUGUGUGGAAAAGAAAAUCUUGGUCCUUUUCAGUGUCACCAACACAGAUGACCGGUAUGAGCUGGGGUUUGAAACGAGUUAUGGACGCAUCGUCUCUUAUCGCUGGUUUGGUGAUGGGUAUAUACUCAUUGGCUUCUCCCAUGGAUACUUUGUGGUCAUUUCCACACACGUCAAAGAGAUUGGAGAUGAGCUCUGUCAGGCUCGGAACCAUAAAGACAGUCUUAACAGUGUAGCCAUCUCAUCAGCAUUAAACAAGGCUGCUUCCUGUGGUGACAACAGCAUUAAGAUCCACGAUCUCUCUGACUUCAAAUACAUUAGCAAUGUGAUUCAGCUGGAGGAUGAGACCAAAGGUCUGGACCAGCUAAGUUGGACAGAUGAUGGCCAACUGCUGGCAGUAUCCACACAGAAAGGCACUCUUCAUGUCUUCCUCACAAAGCUUCCUAUUCUGGGGGACAGUUAUGGAACCAGACUGGCUUACCUUACGUCACUGCUGGAGGUUACAGUGUCAAAUCAUGGGAUAACACCUGUGGCCAUUCAAGUGGAAGUAGAACCAACUUUCAUUGCUGUGGGACCUUACCAUGUUGCUGUUGGAAUGAACAACAAAGCCUGGUUCUACGCACCGCUUGAACAAGAAUCUGAAUUUACCAAGAUGAAGGAGAUUGAAUACUUUGGGACAGUUGCCAACAUGUGCCUAAAUGCAAAAUAUGCUGCAGCAUUGUUUGACGGUAAAGUGCAACUGCACAUGGUAAGUAAUAUAAAUUUUGAGCAGGAAGAUGGAAAACAGAUGAACUUGUUUCCAGAUGAUGACAGGAAAGGUCGUAUCCUUUGCCAUGCUCUCACUGCUGACUUCCUCUACUAUGGCACUGAUUUGGGUAACGUUGUGUGUGUCCUGGUGGAGGAUUGGGAGACUGUUAGCACUUAUAGCCACAGUGUGGCAGUGAGUAAAGUUUUCCCAGACGUAAACGGUACACGGUUGGUCCUGAUUGAUGACAAGAAGAGUGGCUUCCUGCUCACUCUUUCAAGUGUGAGUACAUAUAACCUUCCAAACUUCUCUCCCACUAUCACUGGAGUUCUAUGGGACAACUGGCAUGCUGACAAAGGAGCGUUCAUUGCUUACGACGAUGACAAAGCUUACACCUACGCUGUACAUAAGACCACCAUAUAUGGCCCGCGCGUGGUCUUUGUGGGGAGCACUCCACUUCUCUCCUCCCAGAGGCCUUUGCUGCUUUACAAUGGGGUGCUGACGUGCCAGACGGCGAGCGGCAAGAUCAGUGAAGUGGCUCUGAGCACACAUUCAUUCCUUGAACACUCAACAAGCACAUCGUCUGGGUCGCAGCCAGAACUUGGCAAGCAGCUCACGCAGGCCCUCCAGCUUAAGAGGUUUUAUGAAGCAUGGGAUCUGUGCUUAACCGAAGGCAGUGAGGCCGACAAGGCAGAGAUUGGCAAGGCCUGUCUGGUUCACAUGGAGAUCGACCUGGCCAUUCACUUCUACCGCAUGUGUGGCAAUGUGGGCAUGGUGAUGUCACUGCAGGCCAUCCAGGGCAUCGAGGACAAUAACUUGCUUGCGGGCCAUUUGGCCAUGUUCCUGGAGGAUUUCUGCCUUGCUCAGGAUCUCUAUCUGGCUUCAGGCUGCCCAAUUGCUGCCCUGGAGAUGAGAAGAGACCUGCUUCAUUGGGAUAGUGCUCUGAAGUUAGCUAAGGGCUUAGCAGAAGACCAGAUUCCGUUUCUUUCCAAAGAAUAUGCCGUUCAUCUGGAAUUUAUUGGAGACUACAUGAAUGCUCUGGCGCACUAUGAGAAAGGCAUGACUCAUAAUAAUAAAGAGCAUGAUGAAGUGUGCCAUGCAGGUGUAGCCAGGAUGUCUAUUCGAAUGGGCGACAUAAGAAGAGGUGUGGCACAGGCUAUUCAGCACCCAAGUAGAGUCCUAAAGAAAGAAUGUGCAGCCAUAUUAGAAAGCAUGAAGCAAUUCUCUGAAGCUGCUCAGCUCUAUGAAAAAGGACAGUGUUAUGACAAGGCAGCAUCGGUUUAUAUUCGCUGCAAAAACUGGGCAAAGGUUGGAGAGUUGCUGCCUAAUGUCACUUCUUCCAAGAUCCACCUGCAAUAUGCUAAAGCCAAGGAGGCGGAUGGCAAUUAUAAGGAGGCAGCACAAGCCUACGGUAGUGCUAAAGACUGGGACAAUGUUACUCGCGUACUGCUGGAUCACCUGAAGAACCCAGAAGGUGCUGUUCGCAUUGUCAGAGAGACGCAGAGCAUUGAGGGAGCAAAGAUGGUGGCCAGGUUUUUCCUGUCACUAAAUGACUAUGGCUCGGCCAUCCACUUCCUUGUUCUCUCUCAAUGCAAUGAUGAAGCUUUCCAGCUAGCGCAGCAGCACAGACAGAUGGAGGUCUAUGCGGACAUCAUCGGCUCUGAUGCAACACUGGAGGAUUAUCAGAGUAUCGCUCUUUAUUUUGAGGCAGAGAAGAACCACCUCCAAGCUGGCAAGUUCUUUCAGAAGUGUGGACAAUACAGCAGGGCUUUGAAGCACUUCCUGAAGUGUCCUAACACAGAGGACAGUCUGGCUUUGGACAUGGCCAUUGAGACAGUGGGCCAAGCCAAGGAUACAUCCCUGACUAAUUUACUAAUCGAAUACCUUAUGGGGGAGAGUGAUGGCAUCCCAAAGGAUGCCAAGUACCUGUUCCGUCUCUACAUGGCACUGCAGCAAUACAGGGAGGCAGCUCGCACUGCCAUUAUCAUUGCUAGGGAAGAGCAGAAUGCUGGUAACUAUCGCAGCUCCCACAAUGUGCUGUUCAGCAUGUACACACAGCUGCAAGCCCAUAAGAUAAAAAUUCCUGCAGAAAUGGCUACAAACCUGAUGAUCCUGCACUCCUACUUGCUGGGAAAAAUCCAUAUAAAGAGAAGAGACCACCUAAAAGGGGCACGUAUGCUCAUUCGUGUGAGCAAAAAUAUCAGCAAGUUUCCUGCACAUGUUGUGCCCAUUCUGACAUCGGCUGUUAUUGAAUGUCAUCGAGCUGGGUUGAAGAACUCUGCUUUUGGCUUUGCCGCUAUGCUGAUGCGCCCCGAGUACCGAAACGAAAUACACCAGAACUACAGGAAGAAAAUCGAGGCUAUGGUUCGGCGACCAGAUACAUCAGAGUUGGAAGAGGAAACAACCCCCUGUCCUUACUGUGGCUUCCAGCUUCCGCAGAAUGAAUUGCUGUGCAUCUCUUGCAAGAACAACUUGCCCUAUUGCAUUGCCACUGGUCGUCAUAUGUUGAAAGAGGACUGGUCUGUGUGUCCGCAUUGUGAAUUUCCAGCGCUCUAUUCGCAGUUCAUUUUAUUACUAGAGACAGACCCAGUUUGUCCCAUGUGCUCAGAGACUUUGAGUGCCCAGGAGUUGAAGAAGAUCAAGGAUUGUUCCAAAUACUUGCAGCCUGAUCAAGUGGAUCAGUGA